GUCACCGUGAAUUGCCCCAGAUGCUAAAAUGUUUGAUCACCUUUCGAUGCCCACACCUGUUUAGUCAGUGAGGGAGUUUCCCCGCAGUGGAGGGUGACACUAUAUAUAUUUCUUCAUCGCAUAUCAGUUAUUCUAAACAGUGGUGAUCUUCAAACGUACACUUACUUCGAUCAAUCUACCGACCACCGAUGUGUAGACAGAAAUAAGAAACAUGCCAUUUGGCCUACGUUUUAAAAGGACUAGGAGAUAUGAGGUUUCGUCCAAGAACGUGUUUGUGGUGGGAGUGUCCAUGUUGGACAAUUCAUUCCUGGAAUGUACGCUCAACUCGGACAGUACUGGACAGGAGUGUCUCGACAGCAUCGCGCAACGCAUCGAACUCGCCGAGACUCAAUAUUUCGGCCUGCGCUAUGUAACCAAGAAACUCCAGUUCCACUGGGUUGACCUGACCAAGCCCCUGAAGAAACAGAUAGACAAGAAUGCCCAGGCAGCGACAGCACCCCGCCUCUACUUUGGUGUGAUGUUCUACAUCCCGGGGGCUCACAGGAUCACCGACGAUGCAGCCAGAUAUAACUACUUCCUGCAGCUGAAGAUGGACAUUGUGGAGGGGCGUAUACCGAUCGUCUUGGACCAGGUGGUUCGGCUAGCGGCCUUCUGUCUGCAAGCGGAGUUUGGUGACCACGAUUACGACAAGAACGCCCAGGACUACUUCAAGGAUAACAACCUGUUCCCUAAGACAAUGUGUAAGGACGACACAGUCAUGGCCGAGAUGAUGAACGAGACUCUGAGCGGCUACAUCAGUCUCCAGGGCGUGCAUCCCUUCAAGGCGGAAAUGCAGUAUAUCAAGGAGAUACAGAUGAUGGACGGAUACGGCAUGGAGUACUACACAGCCAAGGAUGAGAAAGGAAAAGAGCUCUACCUGGGAACGUCCUACCUGGGAAUUUUUGCUCGUUACCUGGAUGCUCAACCUGCCAUAUUCUUCAGGUGGUCAGAAAUUGCUCGUUUGACCCAGAGUAAGAAAACUGUAGAGGUUGACACGUCCAAGUCCUCCUGUCAAUAUCACAUGGAAGAUUCCGAGACAGCUAAGUACUUCCGAAGGUUGGGUUCCUUACAACAGAAAUUCUAUAGGGCUAACAAGGGUACCCCGAGCUCGAGUAUGGUAGAUGUGAAUGAGUUCCCCGAGUCUGAUGGCAAUGUCAUGUUGGAUUUACAACAAAGCAUGCCGACCCCGGCUGAUUUCUCAGACCAACUGACCCAGUCACAGACCUCGUUGACGUACUCGCAACAUUCCCAUCAGUCACAGCAGUCCCAGGACACUCGCUUCGAGCAAGAGUUGUCCCAGUCGACGGCCUCAGAGGACUACUACCGCCAGUCUCAACAGUCCCUGGAGACUACAGGCAGUCAUGAGUUACCACAACAACAACAACCGCACGUGUUUCCUGACGGAGGCGUCAUGAUGAACGGUCGCAUGUAUAGUCCCAUAAUGCAACACCAGCCUUUGCAUCCACCACAAACGCCCCCACAGCCACCCCGCAUGGACCCGUCCUAUGCCAGCAGGGCAGCGGCACUUCCCGCGUACCGACCAAGUCCAUCCUACGAUACAGUGAUGAGACAGAGAGUCAACCAGCCGCAGCAAAUACAGAACAACACACAGAUGUACGGACAACAGCAACAGGGGGAGACAAUUUCGUACUCCAGUCAGCAAGGAGAGACAAUUUCAUACACUGGUCAACAAGGGGAGACCAUUUCAUACACUGGCCAACCAGGGGAGACCAUUUCAUAUACUGGCCAACAAGGGGAGACAAUUUCAUAUACCGGCCAACAAGGGGAGACAAUGCAAUUCUCCGGUCAGCCCAGCGAGGGUUUACAAUAUACUGGACAACAAGGUGAUGGGAUGUCUUUCCCCCAUCAACACGUAACGUCUGAAAUGUCUCAGUAUGGUCCUCCAGAAAACGAUUAUGUCAAUAGUACAACAAUCCAAAACUACAGCAAUAGCACUAUGUAUGCCAAUGUGUUUCAAGAGGAGAAGGCCAACUACCUCCAGCAGUACCGACCAGAGAGUAAUCUCAUUAUGCAGACUACAUACAGCACACCGGAGCUCAACUCCCAGGGGCAGCUGCCCCAGUAUAGUACAGACAAUGGGUUGAAUGAGCCCCUUCCCUUUCAGUACAAACCUCCUCCUCCAUACCCCAGGGCCAGUAGUAGUAGUCCAGAUCUGGCUGUGCAGACCAGCCGUGCCAACAACAUUGGUGAUAGUCCUGAUUUAGUGUCACGGAAGAAUUUGGGUAUGUCUGCUCUGGCACUCCAGUCGAAUCUUGAUAAAAGUGUGGAAAAUUUGGCCGAUGUUGUUCCAAAGCAAGGUCAAAAUGUUGUGAUGGAUCCAACCAGACUGGACACUACAACUCAGAUAGCCAUCGAUCAGGUUGAGCUGAACGAGGGGUCCAGCCCCGUGGACAAUGAUGACGCUUCCAGUGACCACUCAGGCGCGACAUUCCACGCCCGUGAUACGGACAGUGAAGUAGAGGAUGGUGGGGGGGACAGGACUUUAAAGCGAGAAGGCAGUAAGUCACAAAUACAGAUAAAAUAUGUGGCCCCAAGUAAAGCUCCCCCGCCCUCAACAUCCAAGGAAGUGGUCACACGGAGGGAAAGUUUUCGAAGGAUGAUGAUUGCUCGGACCACUGGUCAACUCAAUCCCCCUGCCCUAUGUGGUGAGGAACAGGCGGGGGCAUCAGGGGCUAUCGGAUCAAAUGUUAAAUCAGAAAAUGACGUUAUUCCUGAGCAGGCAGACAUUGAUCUUGAUGCAUUGAAAUUAGAAAAGGCUAAAGUUGAUAGAAAUUUGUCAUUCCAAUCAAAGUUAGAAAGAAAGACUUCCAUCCAAUCGAGUUUAGAGAGAAAUAGACUCAGCCAAACGAAAGGCCAGUCAACGUUAGAAAGAAAAUCUUCCAGCCAAUCGAAAGGCCAGUCAACAUUAGAAAGAAAAUCCUCUAGCCAAUCGAAAGGCCAGUCAACGCUAGAGAGAAAAGCAUCCAACCAAUCGAAAGGUCAGUCAACAUUAGAAAGAAAAUCAUCCAAUCAAUCAAAAUUGCAAUCAACUUUAGAAAGGAAAGCAUCUAACCAGUCGAAAGUUGAAAGGACUUCUUCCAUACAAUCUCAUUCGAGUAGUGUGUCUGGUGGUAGUUCAGUGUCAAUGACUGAGAGGAGCUCCCCUGGUGGAGAUCCUGACUCCUUCCUAAGCUUGAGCUUCGUACCCCCGGUGGGCAAUUACAUGAGGGAAGAGACAGUGAAAAAGAUAAAGGAACUAACGGAGAGAGAAGAGGAAUUCAAUAAGGACUACCUCAGUGAUUCUGACCCAGAGGAGGAGGGAAUUAAACGACGCAUUGGUCCACUAAAGAUGGCCGCUCUCAAUGGUCUGACAUUGUCACGGCCAAUGGUGCUAGCCCUGAUGAACGAUGAGAGCAGAGCUCCGAAGGACGAACGGAGGAAGCUACUAGAAACAAAACUGUCAGAGAAUCUCGUAUUUAAAGAAUUUGAAGAAAUUCCCAAAAAGGUGCCAUCUAUGGAAUGUCAAAGUGCUAAACUCACCGAAAAUGAAUCUCGUAAUCGUUUCCGCGAUGUGCUCCCCUACGACAGCACCAGGGUGAAAAUCAGUCCCAGGAAAGACAACCCAUCCGGAUAUAUAAACGCAUCACAUGUAAAGCUGCCAGUAGAUGACCGAGUGUGGUGGUAUAUAGCUACACAGGCGCCCAUGUCAAACACGGCCGUUGACUUUUGGCAGAUGGUCUGGGAACAGGAAGUGGAUGUGAUCGCCAUGCUUACUGCCGUUGUGGAGCUGGGAAAGAGGAAGUGCUAUGAGUACUGGCCCCAGGAGAUUGGACCGGAACACAAGAUCAUCUUUGGCCAGUUUGAGGUGACCCUGAUGUUCUGUAACGACUCCCUGUGCUAUGUGACAAACAGAAUCUCUGUGGUCCACCUGCCCACAAAGAAGGAGCGCCAGCUGUGGCACCUCCAGUACACCGACUGGCCGGACCACGGCUGUCCUGAGGAUAUGUACGGCUUCUUGGGAUUCCUGGAUGAAGUAGAGUCGGUACAGAGACUGGCAGAGAGCGAGGAGGGUAGUGGGAAGAAGUUGCCGAUCCUCGUCCACUGUAGUGCUGGGGUGGGGCGUACUGGUGUGGUCAUCCUCACACAAGUGAUGAAGUGGUGUCUGGAACACAACCAUGAUAUAGAUCUACAGAAAGCCCUGGGAUCCAUUCGACAGCAACGCAUGUACCUGGUUCAGACUGUCGGACAGUACAACUUCAUACACAAGACACUCAUACAGUAUCUGAAAAACACAAGACUCAUAUGAUCCAUCACCCCAACGUAACAGAGGACCACACCUUCCGUAAAACUUUAACUAACUGGAAGUGUGGAUCAAAGUUCACAACAAAGAAACAAAGAUACCACUCAUAGCACAGAUGCUGGUCACGAUGUGCUCAAAUGGAAGGCUACAGGUAGCCUUUUUUGAGAGAAAUGGAUCUUAUGUGUUCAAUUUCAGAUUGAACCUCACUGUGAACAAAUUUCAGGGAUUGCACUACACUGAAAAAGAUUUUAUAUGAUUUUAAUUUCAUUGAAAUUGAAAAAGAUUCAUAAAAUUGAAGACAUUCAGAAUGGAUGGCUAUCAGAGAGAUAGUGCUUACCAUGUAUAGACAUUGCCAAGGUCAGUGCCUAGCCAUGUACAACAGCAAUAAUAUAGUGUGUGUGAUUGUUUGACUGUUGGUGUCAAGGAAGAAAAAGCGACAAAAUGUGAGACGUGCUGCAAGGGGGGAAAAUGUGAAACUUCUACAUGCUUGAAAUGUGAAAUGAUGAACAUGUGAUUUUUUUUCUAACGAUCUGCAUAUGAAAAUGUGAAGGAUAAUGUUUCACAUUUCAACAAUAUGUGAAUCAGUUGGAGAUGUUCGUUUGUAAUUUUAUGCUUCACCUGUGCCAUAUACACACAUCGAUAUUAUAAAAACAUUGUUUUUUCUCUCAGUUACAAAUCACUUCAUUUAUAUUGUCAGCAUUCAUUAUAUAAUGAAACUAUAUAUGUAAUCUCUGUUUUGAAUCUGUAAAAUGUACAACUAUAAAACUUAACAGAUAUAAAGAAAAAGUUCUUGUGACAUAUUGUUUGAAUUGUAGCUAUAAGUUGGACUGUGAUUUAUUUCAAAUAUAAGGAGAAAUAUUUCAAUCUGGACAGUACUAGUAAUGUCAAGACUUUACCAUGAUCAGUGAGUCCAACAUAAAAUUGAUGGGAAACAUAACUGAUGUAUCCCAUCAACAGAGCUUCAACAUGCUUUCAUAAUCUUUAUCGUGACCGGUUCCAAAAGAAGCUGAAGAUUUCAUAUUUUUUCAGGUUUGUUUGCUUAUUGAAGUCAUUGCCUUACGAAGGAAAGCUAAUACUGUUUAAAUUUACUCAUGAUAUUAAGAUAGCUAUGAAGGAAUUUAUAAGGAAGAAUUGUAAGACAUGAAAUGACAUUGUCUUGUAGGCAAAUAAUAGUAUGCAAUAUAGUUUUGUUUUGCAAAAAAAAAUCUUGUGAUAUUUUUUGAAAUUUUUAUUAAGAUUUAUUAUUAUUAUGCUGUGAAAUGUGUAUUUACGAGGCUAGAAUUGUGAUUGAAUGGCAACUUGAAGUUUUUUGUUGUGGUAUGACUUUUGUGAACAUUUACAGAUUAAGAGUUGGAAGAUCAGUUAUGAAAUAAUUUAAUAAUCCCGAAAUUAUACAUAAAUGUACAAAAUUUUAAGCCUAAUUGAAGUCAGUCAUUUAAUUGAUUCAUUCAAUAUUCAUGAAUCAAUCCUAGUAUUUUUGUGUUUCUUUGAUUUCUUAAUUUGAUAUAAAAAAAAUGCCAAACAAUUGACUUAAAUAAUCAGCAUUUCUAUAAUAAUAUCCACUUGCCCAUUACAUACUCUGCGUACAACAACUCAUGUCUAGAUUGACAUAUUGGGUGUUCCUAUGUAAAUUCUUUUUAAAUUGAUCUAGUCAUUGAUUGAAAUGUUCUGUUGGUUGAAAAUGACUUUUGCUUUGUUGUGAAAUAUUGCAUCCCAUUUUCAUUGCUUCUUUUAAAAAUCAGUGUGUAAAUUUUCGUUCAGUAGACUGAUCACUUGUUCAUCUGAUAGAGAAUUCGAAAUAAUGUGAGUGCUAUAUAUACAUAAAAAUGAAUUUUGUUCAUUGGUUUAAAAAAAAACCCACAAGAAAACAUUUUUUUAUUGUUAACAGAAACCAUUCUGAAGUGAAAGCUGAUAAUAUGUUACAAGUGAAUGGUUGUGAACAUGCCAGUAUGAUGUGAUUGAGAUUUCUUGGUGCAAUAUUGAUAUUUGUUGUGUAGAUGUUUAUUUGUCACAAGUAUAAAUGUUUUCAACUCAUAAUGAUUGUACUUACAGCCACAAAUCUUCAUGGACAACGAGUUUGGGUAAAACAUUAAUGGGUACAUUGUACUUUAGAUAUUAUAGAGUGAUUGAAAAAUCACUAAGUCAGGAUUAUAUUUUCCUAAUAUUUUAAGUCUGUGGUACACAUUUAAAAUAUGAACUGAUAUCCAUGCAAAUUAUAUUGACCUUGUACAUGGUAUGUUAUGUAGGCGGUUGUGAGGGUUGUAUUGAUUUGAAAUAACUUUUUUUUUUGAUGGACACAAGAUAUAUUUUGAAAAGAAACCUAUAAAAAUCAUGACAGAUAAAAUUUUGACAAUCAUGUGUAAAGAAAACCCUAUGCUAAACCUCUACCUUUCUAAGUCAUUUGAUUAAAAUUACAUCGUGUUUGAGCUUGGUAGUGGUGUCCUUAUUGAAUUUUGUUUGGUGGAAACUUGUUGAAAUAUGACCUUGAUAAAGAAAAAUAUUCAUCAGGUCAAGGGUGUUAUAUUUCGGAAACAAAGUACUUUGUUUUACUAACAUCUUCUUUCCGAAAGAAAUCUACUCAUUUGAAUUAAAAAAUAAAUUAUGAACAUGAACUAUAUUCUAUGCACUGUACAUGGAAUUCCAUUCCAAUAAUUCAGACUCGGUGAAUUAAUUUAUUGAUGAUACAGUUGAAAGUUGCGUUACAAUGAACUGCAAUAACACGCAGUUAGGUCAGACUGGUGUCAAUCAAAACGUUCUAAGGGAGAUAACUCGGCAGGUACCACGUGUGUGGGAAACCAACAUUGCCCAGACUUACCAGAUUUAUUCAAUGCUAUGGUAAUAUCUAAUUUCAUUUUAAUUAAAUCCUGAAAAGCAUUUUGAACGUAUCAUUGUUAAUUCAUUCUACGUGUAGGUAGAUUUUUUUCCCUGUAUAUUAAUUUUAUGUGUGCAAAAGUUGCUUCUAAAUAUUUUUAACAUUUUUGUUUUCAUAAAGUGAAUAUCUCCUAAAGAAAUCAUAUGCAGAAUAGUUUCCAUAUAAGUUGCACAUUUUUUCAUAUAUAUAUCCAUAUAUAUAUAUACAUUUUUUUAAAGUUGUAACAUAAUCAUAGAUAUUAUACUCAACAUAUAUUUUAUCAAAGUACAUAGUUUUUCCUGCUUCUCCCAAACAUUUUUCACUGUACAUAUAUUAUUAAAUUCAACAGUUAUAAUCAUUUUCUGUUACAAAUAAUAUUCUUGUCUAAACAUUUUUCUUUGCUUUCCAGUAAUAAACCCUUAAGUUCUCUGUGAUACUGACACAAGGUUGUAGGCAAACACUAGUUUCUGUAUUCUGUAAGAAAACAGUUAUGGACUAUAUCAAACUUAUCCUAUUGGAUGGAGUUAUGAACUAUUUCAAACUUAUCCUAUCGAAGCUUUUCAGAGACACAUCACCCUGAUAUUUGAAAACUCGAAAUGACACGAGGCUUAUACAUUGUAUAUGAAACAUGGAUAUAUCUUGAUUAAAUAUCCUUCCUCCCCUCCUGUACAAUAAUUAUGGACUAGACCUAGGAGAAAUCAAAUAUCCUUCCUCCCCUCCUGUACGGUAAUUAUGGACUAGACCUAGGAGAAAUCAGUAUUAUACUAGCUGUAUCACCCUGUAAAGCUGGAGAGUGUUGACUAUGUUAUCUGUUAUACCUUAGAAGUCCUAUGUAACGUGUAGUGUCUACAUCUUGCCAAAUACAUUUAAAUUACAGACGUUCUUCUUGUCAGUUCAAACUUUAGAUGUGUAGCACUAUCAGAUUACUUCAUAUCACUUUGUUAUCGUUGAACAAAUCAUUUUCGUAUUUGUUUGUUUUUCUAGUACACGAACAUAAGCAUAAUUAAAAAAGAAUUGUUUUCCUCAUCAAAUAGUUAAAUACAUGAUGUGACAUUUGAGUUUAAACAUUGGUAUAAAUUAACUGUAUUAAUCUCAUUUCUAUAUCACAUACUAUGUAUAGAAACUUAUAUAGAUUUCUAUGUGAGCUGCUUUACUGAAGAUCUGUUUGUCGAAUCUCGCCAAUGGACUUGGAUAGCGUAAAUGUCAGAAUCUUUAUCAUGAAUCGGAUAGGGACCAGUGCCAUUACAAAAAGUGUUUCAAUUUCAAGUGAACUGUAAGUUAACAUCAGAGAAUCUGUAUAUACAAGACAACUUCAAAUGUAUUUAGAGUGAAGUUCAUGGUUCAUUUAUACAUAUUUGCCACAUUUUUUUAUUAAAGGACAUUCUUGAUUUUUCACCCUCAUUCUUAAUGUUUGAAAUAACAGAAUUCCUUACAAGCAAUUUAUGCUCAAAUUCAGUUCGUUGAAUAACUUUGGUAUUUUACACGAUUCUUUUGUCAGAUUUCGCUUGUUGUAAGAACUUUCAGACACUUAAAGAUAUUUUUCCGCAAAGUCUUUCUGCAUAAAGUUUUAUUAAAAUUUUGCAUGUAUGCAUAUUAUAUAUAUUUGUUUCCUGUUUUAUAAGGAAUUGGAAUGAGAUGAUAUACUCAUGAAAUUAAAUAUAAAUAGUACAAAUGUAGAUUCUUCACUUAUUUAAAGAUAAAAAUAACUUCUGAUUCUAUGUAAAAUGUAAAUGGCACCAACAAUUCACCUUGGUUGUUUAUAGAAAUGUUCUUUUGUCAUCGUGAUGUCGUUACAUACGUUGUUUAUCAUUUAUCAUCAAAAGAAAAUAUUUAUCCUUUUUUUAAAUUCCUAAAUAACAUGUACCACUAAACCUGUACACAGCCAUGAUGGCGUUCAGCAGGGUUGCAAAAAUAAAAAUACAAGUCUA